AUCUCGAUCGCGAUGGCCGCGCCGCCGGUCGCGUCGAGCUUUCACGUCAUGUGCACGGGCCAGAUUCAGUCCAUUACGUACGACGGGGUCGAGAACCUCUACUGCAAGUACGGGCUUGCCUACGGCCCCGAUUGGCACUUGGAACACGGCGUUGAAAGUGGACUCUCGCAGAUCGGGUACCGGGCCGCGGCACGGCGCGAGAUUGCCUUUCAUUUUCCACUCGACAUGACCUUCAAGACGACCAACCCGUUCGGCUGGCCGCGGCUCGUGCUCAGCGUCUACGGGAUGGACAUGCUCGGACGCGACGUCAUCCGCGGCUAUGGCUCGGUGCUCUUGCCAACGGUCGCGGGCACACACACAAAGCGCAUCCCGCUCUUCAAGCCGCAGUCGUCGAGCACGCUGCAAGGCUUCAUCGCGUGGCUCACCGCGUCCCCUCCCGAGUUUUUCGACGCCAAGUUUAUCGCCCAAAGCGACGGCCGCGAGCUGACGCGGGUCGCGUCCCAAGGCUUUGCGACCGUCGAGGUCCACAUUGCGCUGCACGGCUUCCAGCAGCACGGCUACGUCUUCACUGCCUGAGCCAUCCCAGAUCUUAUUGUACAAUAGU